AUGCUCCUCAGGACGUUGUGGUCCAGACUGGGAGCUAGCGGCCUGCAGAGAGAAAAACCAGUCUGCAUCUGUGCCUCAGCCUGUCUCUCCCAGUCCGUCCAACCACACAAGUAUGAAUUCAAACCCAGGACUCACUCUAACUCAUCUGCCCAAUGGACCUUUUCGAGGACACGUUAUCUAAACGCUUUUCAUCACCAGCAGACGCACAGAAGACAUGUUGUCCCAUCUUUAGGUGGAUUUAAAAGUCUCAGCAGCACUUUGUUACCUGACCCUGGGAUGCUGUCUGUGUGUGGCAGCGGACAGAAACGUUUUUAUUCACCUGACCUUGUGAAGUCUGUUUUAAAACAAAGUUUGAAACCAGCAGCCAUGCCAGGGAAAAAAGUUCCCAAAGGUCCAAGAACAAAACAACCCUCGAGAGCCAAUCAGCCCUCCCUGAAUGAGGACAAGGAUAUGAUGCAGUGUAUUGCCUUUGCGACAGCAGAUCAGUAUCAUUUGCCAACACUUUGCCACGACUUGAUAAGCCACGGCUUCAGUGAGGUAGAUUUACCAAGAGAUGCUGCAAAUGUGCUGGUGAUUAGCACAGACAUGGCUGCAAAACCAGAUGACCAAGCUCUAAUGUUCUUCUUCAGGGAAGGCUCAGUCGUUUUCUGGAAUGUUGAAGAGAAAACGAUGAAAAUGGCGCUGAGAAUAUUGGAACAUCAUGAGAUCCAGCCCUAUGAAGUAGCAUUAGUCCACUGGGAAAAUGAGGAGAUUAACUACACUCUUGGAGAGGGAAACACAAAGCUAGAGCGCGGUAACUUUAUUCUGAGUGACGCAAUGGAUCCACAGGAAGCUGUUCUGGAGAAAUUUGCAUUUUCAAAUGCUUUAUGUUUGUCAGUGAAGCUGGCGAUAUGGGAGGUGUCUUUAGACAACUUUGUAGAGUCAAUUCAGACAAUUCCAGAGACGCUGAAAUCUGGCAGAAGAGUGAAGUUGUCGUCUGCAGAGGUCAUGAAGAAGAUAGGCGAGCUUUUCACAUUAAGACACUGUAUAAACCUGAGGUCCGACCUGCUCCUCACACCUGAUUUCUACUGGGACAGAGAAAACCUGGAAAAACUCUACGAUAAGACCUGCCAGUUCCUCAGCAUCAACCGCAGAGUCAAUGUUGUGAAUGAGAAGCUGGAACAUUGUACGCAGUUAACAGAUCUGAUGAGGAGCCACCUGAGUGAGAAGCACAGCUUGAGGUUGGAGUGGAUGAUAGUCAUCCUCAUUACUAUUGAGGUGAUGUUUGAACUUGCAAAAAUGAUCUUCUAAACUGCUCCUCCAACAAUGCACAAAUCUAUAAAGGACACUGGGAGCUGCAAAAGAAUAAUGCUGCAGGAUACAAAAGGUACUUUACCAGUGAUAUGUGACAGUGUUUUCUGGAAGAAACUGAAAUCAUGAAGCGGACCUUUGAAUGUCGUACUGUUCCUAUUGCACAGUAUAAACAUUUCAACACAAUUAUUUUCUAUUUUUAUUUUUUCACUAUUUUACUAUUUUCUGAAUAUCAUCACUGAAAACAAAGUGGGAUUUGUGGGAUCAGUUGAUUUUUUUUCUUUUUUUUUUUUUUUUUUUUUGCUGAAUUUAUGGUUUAAACAAAGUUAAAUUUAUUUUUACAUUACAUGCAAAAGUCUAUGAAUCAUUUUCAGUAUGAAGAAUACUUUUUUAAAGGAGGGCAAAGACUGCCGCCUCGACAUGUGACAUUAAUCUUGUGAAUAAAACAAUAGCAGUAGAAAUGCAGUAAUGCAUUAAUAUAUAAAAAAAAAAAAACAUCAAUUACAAGAACCCCAACUAUGAGUGCUGUG